GCGAGAAACCGACGGGGAAGGACAGCAACGAGAGCGUGUACGAAGCGGAGCGGGUCGAGUUUGGUCGUGCUAGGACUGGCCACAGCGGAACCGGAGCAGCGGAACCGGAGCAGCGGAACCGGAGCAGGCGGACGGCAUCGAACCGUGGCGCACGGACAAACAUAUGUUGUGUUGUCAAUUAUUUUCCCGUUUAGACUAAUUCCUGAAUACACGUGUUGGGUGUGUGUGAUGACGUCAUUGGUUUUGUAGAGAGACGCGGCAGAGAUGGCGCGGAUAACCCGGGUGCCUCAAUUGCGUACCUGCAUCGUGGAAGACCCCUUCAAUGUGGAACGAUUCCUAGUCACUGUCGAUGUUUACACUGCUGUGCCAAACACAGAUGAUCUGGAUAGAUUCAUGUCAAUUGCAAUGAUGGCUUUGGUUGGGUGUUCUUCUUCAUGGGUCACGCUCGGGCCUCGGCUUCCGGCGGUGACCGCCAGCCGGAGCUCCGGCGUGCGGAUGACCAAGUCCAGGCUCACAGUGUCGCGUUUGGCCCAUAUGUCGGUGGGUUCGGUGGGGGAGGGGGAGCCUAGCGAGGGCACCCCGCUCGCGUCUGAGAAUGCGCGUGGGCCCGGGGAGUCGGGAGGCCUCGGUAUGGUGCCGGUGCGGUCGCCGUGGGGCAGGGGCGCGGGCGGGGGGGCAAGUGCGCCCGCAAGGUCCAACGCCAAAGAGGAGGCGAGGAGGGAGGCCACCAUUUGGCAAGCCAAACAUAAUCAGACACUGUGGCUUACCAAGAUCGCUGGGUUGCUGAAGAACUUCUGGCCGGAGUCGGGACAGGAUGGGAGUCGUGGGCCCGGGGGGUCGGGAGGCCUCGGUCUGGUGCCGGUGCCGUCGCCAUGGGGCGGGGGUGCGGGCGGGGGGGCGAGUGCGCCCGCGAGGUCCAACGCCAAAGAGGAGCCGAGGAGGGAGGCCACCAUUUGGCAGGCCAAAUAUAAUCAGAAACUCUGGGUACUUAGGGGGCAGCGGGGGCCGGAGCCCGGGCCACAGAAGGAGGACCUGCAGGGUUUGAUGGGCGAUAUCGUUCACGUCACGGGCGACGUCCUCGCUCAGAUGCGUGCGUUUUCGUCUUCCGACGUCAAGAGCUUCCGGCCCGUGGGGGUUGCCCGCACGUCGUCUAUUGCAGACAACUUCGACGAAAUGUGUGAAGCGGUCAUGCCGCUGGUGAAGUUUGGUCUAGAUUCGUCCACGACCACGGGUGUGAAAUCGUUGCGGCGGUUGGAACCCGUAGCCAUAGCCAUGACGGACACGCGCUCCAGGUUUCGGACUACUCUCGUGCGGAAUAGUGAUGUGUUUCCGGACGAGUACCAGCGUGCGGCACUGCCAAGGUUGCCGAACGAGGACGUCAAAUUGUGGCAACGGCCAUCAUCACCUGGAUGUACACCUUCACGAAGAUGCAUUUUCCGCCGGAUGCGUUCGACGGCCACACCUUGCCGCCGGUGCCCGAGUUCCCCAAAAUCAACAACUUCGGUGAACGGGGGGUGAAUCUAUUCCGGCUGGUCCUGAGUGACGGAGGAUCCCUCCCCGGAACAGGGGAGUUGCGGGGCGGGAGCGGCAAGCGUAAGGCGGGCCAACUGGAUCGGGGUGAUUCAUCGUCACGGAGGCGCGUCUCAAGGGAGUGCUUCCAGUUCCGCGACUCUGGCACGUGCCCUUUCGGCGACAAAUGCAGGUUUGAGCACGUCAAGCGCCGAUAUUGGUGAAGUACAGGAAGUGGCGGUGGUGGGGGCGGGAACUGCGGUGGCGGGGGGCGGGAGUCGGCUGGUGGUCAGGGUGGUGGCGUCGUCCGGGGAGGAGGACAGGCUGACGGUGGCGACGGUGGUGGCUCGUCGUCGGCCUUGGUGGUGCGGGGUGGCAGCAAAUAGGGGUGUGGGCUCCGCCGGGUGGCGGGGCCAACUCCUGUGUCGGUUCCAGCUGAGAGGCCGCAACAGCAGCCAGGUCAUAGGGAGAUGGCGUCCCGGGCCUUGGCUGGCGUGGGGAUCCGAGGCGAGCGCUGUGAGGGCCUGCCCGGAGUGGCUUCCGACUUGGANGUGGUUGGCUGAGUGUGAAGCUUCAAAACGGUACGUCCAUCUUAACCAUGUGGCGCAUGUGGGUUCAAACUUGCUUCGACGGUGUGGGGGACGCGUGGAAAGGUGGGAACCUGGACGCUGAAGUGGCGUAUGGCGACCAUCCUAGCGCGCUACUGCACAGAGAUCGGAUCACAGACAAAGUUGUAUUGGACGUGAUAUUGGGGCGUGCGUUGAUUUUCGAUGUUCGGUUCAUCCGAGAAAUCUUAGGUGUUCGAGUGUCGCCGUUGGGCGUCAUCGACGAACCGAAGUUCAGAAUUAUUCACGAUCUCACUUUCACCUCUGGCGUGCCCAUCCGUACGAGCGUAAAUCACGAUACGGACUUUGAUCAAGCACCUGAAUGCCUCUUGGAUCAUGUGUUGAGUGACAUUCUGAAGCUGGUGCUGUACUUGCGACAAGUACACGGGGUGUCGUUGGAAAUUCUGAUCUGCCGCAUUGAUGUGAAAGAAGCCUUCCGGCAAAUCCCCGUGGAUCCAUCUCGGGCAUCGGUUUUUGGGUACACGAUCGGACAUCACGCGGUUGUUGACCUACGGUGUCAAGUUGGAUGGCGGUCGAUCCCAGGGUUUUGGUCCUUGUUCUCGUCCGCUUUGGAACACUCACACACACAUACAUUUCAAGACGCGUCCGUCUCUCCCGCAGGUGCUGCGACUGUGCAGCAUGUUCAAGUAGUGUCCCCACCAGACGAAAGUACAACGGUGCCGUUACCUGUUGAUUGCCAGACUAUUGUGGGCGACGGGGCGUUUGCUGGUUCUCCGUUUUUCGUGCGAUACCUCGAUGAUGAUGGCGUGUUGAUUGAAGGAAAAGUUUUCGCUGAUGGUCACCGAUGUUUGCGCGCGGUGCGUUCUCUCGCUACGGAUCACUUUCGUCUGCUGGAAGAGAGAGGCCCAGCAGACCCGCCGUUGUUGUCGCAAGGAUAGAUCACCGAUUUCGCUACCCGUCUGGAUGUGUUCGGUUGGACAUUGGACACUCAGCAACUCACGAUUACUAUGGCCGACACGAAACAGCAGAGACUGGGACGCUUUUUGGCUGCGUGGCCCGCGACGCGGAGAGUCGCUACAGCUCGUCAAGUAGCCGAGUUGACAGGGUUUCUCAUUCACGUUUCGUUCGUGUUGCGGCCAGGAAGUUUUUUGUGGGGUGCCUUUUAUCCGCGGUAGGGAUGCCUGCUUCGUCUACUUUCGCGUCCCAAGUGCCGAGCCCGAACAGACGUGUAGUGCUGGGUCCAUUAUUCCACGAUGAUCUCGAAUUUUGGCGGUGGUUCCACGGUCAUGGUCUCUCGUUGCGCGGCGGAAGUUUGUGUGUGCCCAUGUACAACAUUUUGGAACGCCCGCCUGCACUAUCCGUGUUAACCGAUGCGUCUAAGCAAGCAAUUGGAGGGUAUCGUUUGCAA